AAAGAGUAACCACGGCAACCGCCAAUCCCAAGGAAGAUGGGCUUUACAGGUGCCCCAGCAGGACAAACUAUCUCUAUUCCAAACGAGAACGAACGCUUCAUCUCAGAAGCUCGGUGCGGAACUUACAUUUUAUUCCAGAAUUAUCAGUACAUGCGGAGAAAAAUAAUGUUAAGGAAAAACAAGAGGUUGAUUUUUAAAUACUUUCUUAACCUCAUUAAUGGAGCUUUCUUGGUUCUGGGACUUUUACUCAUGGGAUUUGGUACAUGGCUUUUAUUAGAUGGAAAUAAUUUUUUCACAGCUUUGGAUGAAAAUAAUCACUUGACAGUGUAUAUUUUUCGAAUUUUGAUUGGAACUGGAUCUGCUAUUCUUCUUCUUUGUCUCUUGGGUUAUUUGGGAAUUCACAAUGAGAUCAGGUGGCUCCUAAUUCUGUAUGCAGUAUUGUUAAUGUGGGCUGUUGGUGUUCAGGUUGUACUUUCAACACUCAUCUUUGCAAAGAAAGAAGAGUUUCAGUGUUGUGGCCGAAAAAAUUACACAGAUUGGACCAAGAAUAAGAAUAAAGAAAAUUCAGAACAGGUGCCAUGUUCUUGCACAAAUUCUACAUUAAGAAAGUGGUUUUGUGAUGAGCCACUGAAUGCAACAUACCUACAGGGUUGUGAAAAUAAAAUCAACACAUGGUAUCAUGCUAAUGCUUUGACAUUAAUUGGAAUUAACUUUGGACUUUUGGUUUCAGAGGUUUUGCAAUUCUCAUUAACUAUUUCUUUCUUCAGACACAUCAAGAAUAGAAUAUAUGCAGAAAAGUGACCACUGGAUUUUAAUUUGUCUGGAAGAAACCAGUUAACUCUUAAAAUAAUCAUAUUGAAUUUUUCUAGUCCAGAAGAAAAGUUUUGAAAUACAUUCAUUGUUUAAGAUUUAAUUAAGUCAGUGGUUAUAUGUGACACAGAAUUAUUGGAUAUAAUAUCAUUCCAUGAAAUUUUUAUUAAUAUCAAAUUCUAUAAUUCAGUACUUUGUCAUUUUCUGAAUUCAGAGGAUAUCAUCGAAUAUACUAAUUUCAAUAUAUGGUAAAUUAUCAUGUAUGGUUUGAGUGUCAUAUGUAGAAAAAGAUACCUAUAUGAUGUUCAGAAAAUACUGCAUAAGCAAUUAUAACAUAUACUUUACAUUUACAAAUUUUAGGUAAAUAACAGUGAUUUAUAGAUUUCAAAGAAAGAAUGAAAAUCUCCAUAACACUGAUCUCUACACUGAAUUAAUCUUUUAUUUCUCUCUUCUUACAAUGCUUAGAAGUGGAUAAUAAAUUUAAAAUUUUACAAGUUUGGAUAUACUUAAGUGGCAAUAAGAAAAUAUUUUUAAAAACAUGAAUUUUUAAAUAUAGUAAAACUAAUCUACUCUAAAUACUCACUGAAGUCUCAUAUUCAUUACCUUCUCAUUUUUUCCCUUUUUUGUAAGUUAUGCUCAGUGAAUGCAUAUACAAUUUUCUGAAGGAUAUAAAAAUAACCUACCUGUUCUAUUUUCCUAACAAUGAUACUGUGAGAACAGAAAAAAACUUCUUUGAAAAAAUAAAAGCUGCUGUACAGACAUGAGGUGUUAUCAUAUCAUUGUUGUUCUUUAUGAGAAAAGGCUGCCUUGAUCUUGAGGAAAUGAAGAAAGAAUAGAUUAACUGAAGAUCCUGCAUUGCUCCUGCUGCUAUAGAAGGCUCACUCUUAUUUAUAUUUAUUAAUUCAAUCAUAACUAUUUUCAUCUGUCUGUUCAGUACAUUGCAAAUUUCGCAGACCUACAGGCUUUUUUUUUUUUAAGUCCGUAAACAAGAAAAUAGAAGAAACAUUUUCUCUAGUGAUGUGUAAAUAGACAUGGCUUCUAAAUUUAAGGGAAAUUUUCUUGGGAUUUAAAGCUCAUUUUCAAAUUCCUGUUUUCUCUAAAA